AUGGGCAAGCGGUUAACACUGCAAAGGCCUUUUUUGCACAAAUACAAGCGGGAAGUGUGGUUUCCACAAACGAGGAAGCAGGUUUUGUUGUAUGCAGCGGCGACAAAGUUGAUGAUAGAGUGGCAAGCCCGUGAAGAAAAUGAAAAUGUUCUAGCUGUCUUUGGGAUGCUGAAAGGGAUGCAUGAGCGGUCAUUGGUAAUGCGCAGGUUUCACGAGGCCGCACACAGCACAGAAGUAAUCGACAUUAAGAGUGCGCUACCUCCACAGCAGAGGACGACGAUGCCGAGACAGCGCAUGUAUGCGGAACAAGUGCUGGUAGAUGAUGAUGUCUGAACUUGGGCAGAUGAACCGAAAGCGAGAACGAAGAGGAUGGACACUAGAGCGGCGAAGAAGAUAAGGACAAACUUAGAUGCACUAAGAAAAAUUAAGUCCCCACCUCACAUAGUAAGGAAAGCGUUUAAAGAGGUGACUGAUGGCAUGAAAAAAGAACGACUCGAUAAUGAUGCGUUUACCAAGGUACUAAGUCAAGAAAAAGAGCAAGAUGAGAAAAAGGUGGAUUAAAAAUUAGGGAAUUAGUAGCGGGUGACUACUUAUGGUGUAUCCUAUUGAAAGUUGUUGAUUGAAAAUGGAUUCUGAUUGUCCCUGAAAGAAAACGAUGACGAAGAAAAAGUAGGUGGAUGGGCAAGCCGUCUGUAAGAGCAAGCUGUUGGUAAGAAGUAAGACGCAAUGGGAGAAUGCUGCUUUUGACGGAAGCCAAUCAAAGACCCUUUGCAGGAAAGAUGGUAAGGGGAUAAAAUUUGUCGAAAGCGAAUUCUUGGCAAGUAAAUCCCGGGUGGUGGUAAGUGUGAAAUUCCGAAAAAUAAUCCCCCUCACCUGUCAACAAAUGAAAAUGAAAGAAAGUGAAUGGUGAAAGUAUUUUAAGAAUUAAAACUUACUGUCAGGAGCCAAGGUUUGAAAAGAGGUGGAAAGUAAGGCUUCAGGACAUCCAUGUAGUUGAGUCGGUGGGUGUCCAAUGAAUAGAAGAAGGAAAACUAUGGAAAGGGAAGAAGGACUCUGUGUAACCUUAGUUUGGAAGUAGCAAGUGUCCCAGGUACGUAUAUAGAAAAGAUGGAACCUCAUUUGACGAAAAACGAGAAGGAGUUAUGCUUGGAUGAGCGUAGUCAUCUAUUGGGGUGAUCGAUGUCUAAAGAGUCUCGAGAGGGGAGCUAAUUCAUGGUAGGGCUUUGUCUAGGAAGGGAGGUAGGGCUAGC